AUGACUCCCCUGCUCCUCCUCCUCCUCCUCCUCCGCCUGCUCUGCCUCCUCCCCCUCGCCUCCGCCGCAGCGGCGCUACCCGCAGAUUUCACCGCGCUCCUUGCCUCCAAGUCCUCCCUCUCCGACCCCACCUCCGCGCUCGUCGCCUGGGACCCACGACUCUCCCCGUCGCCCUGCCGCUGGCCGCACCUCCUCUGCUCCAACCGCUCCUCCGUCUCCGAUGCCCAUGCCCCGGCCGUCGUCGCCUCGCUCCUCCUCUCCAACCUCUCCCUUGCCGGCGCGUUCCCGCCCGCGCUCUGCUCGCUGGGGUCGCUCGUCCAUCUCGACCUCUCCUACAACUCCCUCACCGGGCCCCUGCCGCCCUGCCUCGCCGCGCUGACGUCGCUCAGGCAUCUCGACCUCGCCGGCAACGCGUUCUCAGGCGAGGUACCAACAGCCUAUGGCGCCGGGUUCCCUUCCCUCGCCACGCUCAGCCUCGCCGGCAACGGCCUCUCCGGCGCAUUCCCGGGGUUCUUGUUCAACGUCACCGCGCUCGAGGAGCUCCUCCUCGCGUACAUCCCCUUCGCGCCGUCGCCGCUGCCGGAGGACGUCUCCAGCGCCACGCGGCUCCGCCUGCUGUGGCUCGCCGGGUGCGGCCUCGUCGGGGAGAUCCCGCCGUCGAUCGGGAGCCUCGGCAGCCUCGUCAACCUCGACCUCUCCACCAACAACCUCACCGGCGAGAUCCCUUCAAGCGUCCGGAGGAUGGAGAACGCUAUGCAGAUCGAGCUCUACUCGAAUCGGCUCACCGGGAGCGUGCCGGAGGGGCUGGGGGCGCUCAAGAAGCUGCGGUUCUUAGACGCGUCCAUGAACCGGCUCUCCGGCGAGAUACCGGCGGACGUGUUCCUCGCGCCCAGGCUGGAGAGCCUGCACCUGUACCAGAACGAACUGUCUGGCCGCUUGCCCGCGACGUUGGGGCAGGCGCCUGCGUUGGCUGACCUGAGGCUCUUCACCAACCGUCUCGUCGGGGAGCUGCCGCCGGAGUUCGGGAAGAACUGCCCGCUCGAGUUCCUCGACUUGUCGGACAACCGGAUCUCCGGCCUUAUUCCGGCGGCUCUGUGCAACGCCGGGAAGCUGGAGCAGCUCCUGAUACUGAACAACGAGCUGGUCGGUCCCAUCCCGGCGGAGCUCGGGCAAUGCCGGACACUGACGCGGGUGCGACUGCCUAACAACCGGCUGUCCGGACCCGUGCCGCAGGGCCUGUGGGCCCUGCCGCACCUGUACCUCCUGGAGCUCGCCGGGAACACGCUGUCCGGCACCGUUGACCCCACCAUCGCCAUGGCCAAGAACCUGUCGCAGCUGCUCAUUUCCGACAACCGUUUCUCUGGCGCGCUGCCGGCGCAGAUCGGCGCCCUGCCUGCUUUGUUCGAGCUGUCGGCCGCGAACAACAUGUUCUCCGGGCUCCUGCCGGCGUCGCUAGCAGAGGUUUCUACGCUUGGCCGGCUUGAUUUGAGGAACAACUCGCUGUCCGGCGGUCUGCCGCAAGGUGUUCGACGCUGGCAGAAGCUGACGCAGCUGGACCUCGCCGACAACCACCUCACCGGAACCAUCCCGCCAGAGCUCGGCGAGCUGCCCGUGCUGAACUCGCUUGACCUGUCGAACAACGAGCUCACCGGCGAUGUGCCGGUGCAGCUGGAGAACCUCAAGCUGAGCCUGUUCAACCUAUCCAACAACCGGCUCACCGGCAUCUUGCCUCCACUGUUCUCCGGCCUCAUGUACAGGGACAGCUUCGUGGGCAACCCGGCGCUGUGCCGCGGCACUUGCCCGAGCGGCGGCCAAUCCAGAACCGCCCGUCGUGGCCUCGUGGGCACCGUCGUCUCCAUCCUCGCUGCGGCCAGCGUCGUCCUGCUCCUAGGCGUCGCGUGGUUCUGCUACACGUACCACCGGAGCCACCACGGUGGACACGCCGCGGAGCCCGGCGGCGGCGGCCGCGGCAGCAGGCCCAGGUGGGUGCUGACGUCGUUCCACAAGGUGGGGUUCGACGAGGACGACAUCGUGAACUGCCUGGACGAGGACAACGUGGUCGGCAUGGGCGCGGCGGGCAAGGUGUACAAGGCCGUCCUGAGGCGCGGCGGCGAGGACGUCGCCGUCGCUGUCAAGAAGCUGUGGAGCGGUGGCGGCAAGGCAGCGGACGGCACUGGCAAGGACAGCUUCGACGUGGAGGUGGCGACGCUGGGCAAGAUCCGGCACAGGAACAUCGUGAAGCUGUGGUGCUGCUUCCACAGCGGCGACUGCCGGCUGCUGGUGUACGAGUACAUGCCCAACGGCAGCCUCGGCGACCUCCUCCACGGCGGCAAGGGAGGCCUCCUGGACUGGCUGGCGCGGCACCGGAUCAUGGUCGACGCCGCGGAGGGCCUCGCGUACCUGCACCACGACUGCGCGCCGCCGAUCGUGCACCGCGACGUCAAGUCCAACAACAUCCUCCUCGACGCCGAGCUCGGCGCCAAGGUCGCUGACUUUGGCGUCGCCAGGGUCAUCGGCGACGGGCCGGCCGCCGUCACGGCCAUCGCCGGCUCCUGUGGCUACAUCGCUCCCGAGUACUCGUACACCCUGCGCGUGACGGAGAAGAGCGACGUGUACAGCUUCGGCGUGGUGAUGCUGGAGCUCGUCACCGGCAAGAAGCCCGUCGGGGCAGAGCUCGGGGACAAGGACCUGGUGCGGUGGGUGCACGGCGGCAUCGAGAAGGACGGCGUGGACUCGGUGCUGGACCCGAGGCUCGCCGGCUCGUCCAGGGACGACAUGGUGAGGGCGCUCCACGUCGCGCUUCUCUGCACGUCCAGCCUCCCGAUCAACCGCCCGUCCAUGAGGACCGUCGUCAAGCUGCUGCUCGAGGCUGCGCCGUGCCCACUGGAGAGCAAGCCACCAAAGACCGCCGAGGAGAAGCCUCUUGAUGUCUGA